CCCAAACGACAGCAAAGAUGACAGAACGGACGACAUCUAGGACGACAUACAGGACGACAGAACAAAACUAUAGUAAAGUUGACAGUACCAAACGACAAUAAGGACAACAGUGAAAAAGACAGCAGGACGACAGGUUAAGACGACUUCAAAAGACAACAUAGACUUAAACCUGAACAAGAAGGCAAUGACCGCAGACAACAGUACAGUUUAGUACAAGACACAAACCAGUCGACACAUUUUUUGCACAAAUGGAAUCCAAUAAAAACAGACGUCAGUGAGGACGACAUAUACAGAUAACAGGAAGGAUGACACAAACAGAGGACAGUGAGGACGACAUAUGCAGACAACAGUGAGGACGACAUAAACAGACCACAGGGAGUACAACACAUAGAGACGACAGGGAGGACGACAUAUGCAGACGACAGGAGAAUGACACAAACAGACGACAGUGAGUACGUGUAUAGAGACGACAGGGAGUACGACGUAUACAGAUGAAAGGGAAGACGACACAAACAGAGGACAGUGAGGACGACAUAUGCAGACAACAGUGAGGACGACACAAACAGACAACAGUAUGAGACGGAGUUUGGCAUCUGUCAGUCUGUGGAGGGGGAUAUAGCAAAUCUAAAAGCUCUGAAGAAGGAGUACAAUGCCACGAGCGAGGUGCUACUGCAUGAGGUCAACACAUUUGAAGUUGAACUCCGAAACAUCAAAGACGCACAACAGCAGGAGAUGAUCGGCCUGCGAGGGCAGAUUGCAGGUACAGUGACUGUGGAUGUGCAGAACGUUGAAAGUGCAGACCUGUCACGUCGGCUGGCCGAGAUCCGUGCCGAGUACGAGACAGUCAUCGAGAAGAACCGCAGAGAAGCGGAACACUGGUACACUAAACAGGUGGAGAAAAAAAGUGCAGAGUUUGCGAUCGUCACGGAGACGACGGUCACUGGUGGUACUGAGAUCACAGAGAACCGCAAACAGUCGAUGACGCUGCACACGCAGCUGGACGCCGCAUUCGUAGAGAAAUCUAACCUGGAGCAGCGUCUGCUGGAGGUUCAGUCUCAAUAUCAGUCCCAGUUGUACAGAUUGAGUCAGCUGGCUGGGAGUCUGGAGGGGGAGCUCAUGUCCGUCCGUGAGAGUGCCUUACAGCAGAGUCGAGACUAUCAGCUGCUCCUGAGCACCAAAGUUCAGCUGGAGAGAGAGAUCAACACUUACAAAGCUCUGCUAGAGGGCGCCGGAGAGGUCACUGUGCUCACGACCAGACCAAAGACUCUGGAGGCUGAGGAAACUGUCGCAGUGGUUGAUUCCAGUGUCGAGCUCUCAACAGAAGAAUUGAUGACAGAAGUUGAAACACAGGGAGGAUUUAACGCCACAUUCUUGAUAACCAGUUUGCCGUCUGGAGGUCCUUUUUUAAAGAAUAUUUCGACAGAAGUCGUGUCAGCAGAAGUUGAAUCACAGGGUGGAAGUGACGCUUCAUUCUUGAUUACCGGUGAUCAGUCUGGAGAUGUCACUUUAACUGGAGUUUCUACAGGAGUGCUGCAAACAGAGAUUGAAUCACAGGGUGGAAGUAACACCUCAUUCUUGAUUACUGGUGAACGAUCUGGAGGAGUUUCUACAGAAGUACUGACAUCAGAAUUUGAAUCACAGGGUGGAAGUAACGCCUCAUUCUUGAUGACUGGUGAUCAGUCUGGUGGAGUCACUUUAACUGGAGUUUCUACAGAAGUACUAACAACAGAAUAUGAAUCACAGGGUGGAUUUAUGAUCAGCGGCGCUCAAUCUGGAGAGAUUUCAGCAGCAGUGGAUGGUUCAAGUUGACUUCUGAGAAUGACGGAUGAUCAACUGAAUGUUCAAACGACACAAAUCUAUUCAACUAAGCUAAAGUAUUGGAAUUCUUAUGGUUACAUUGAUCGUUUUGUUUACUUUUUU